AUGCAGAUACAGAGGACUUAUUUAAAAGCGUCUGGCCUUACGGAUAUGUUUCGUGGAAUCCGUGCGCCUGGAUACCUUUCCUUCAUCAUCACUUUGGCCUAUCACAUUUUUUUGGCGGAGAAGGUCGACGUGGCUGUCGUUGAGGUCGGAUUGGGUGGACGAUAUGAUCAUACCAACGUCGUCCAGCACCCCCGCGUUGUGGCCGUGUCCUCGAUUGAGCUGGAACACAAGGACAAACUGGGCAGCACGAUACGCGAAGUUGCAUGGAAUAAGGCUGGAAUUUUUAAGGUAUGGCUCAUUUCCAUCAUUGCCACCACUUUCAGUCCUGCAGUCCCAGGUGUUGUGGCGACCAACCAACCAGACGACGCAAUGCAGGUUUUUGUUGAGGAAGCUCGAAGUGUCGGCGUAAGCGCUACAAUUACCGUUUCCCCCUCCCUUCUCAGCCUCCCAAUCCCUUGCCCGCUGUUCGUUGCCCCCCGAUUCGUGGACAUUUGGCAGGAAAUCGAACGUGACGGUGGUGCUGAGGUCUCGCAGCGUUUCGCCGAUUUAGUGCGCGAAAAGGGCGUACCCCCGGUAACUGAGCGCAACAUUUGUCUUGCCCUAGCGGCCUUCAAGCUGUGGCACGAUCAGGCGCCUGAAGUCGCUCCACUGCCUGCUUUCUGUGUAACCCGCAUCGGCAGUAUUCCUGGAUCCAGGAAAACCGACGCCUUCAGCCGCAUUUCUUUCCCUGCAGGAAUCCUCUCGGCGCGCGUGGUUGGACGGUUCCAGGUGGUUCAGGUGACCAAAAGUGUUACCUUUUUCCUCGACUGUGCGCACACAACCGACAGCAUCAAGCACUGCUCAAAUUGGUUCAAUACUGCUAGCGAAAUGGCCACCUCCACCCCACGCACCCAGAUAAUUCGGAUUCUGCUCUUCACGGUAACUGGGACCCGUGACCCUGGACCAAUGCUUGAGCUCUUGCAGGUACACAAUUUCGACGCCGUCCACUUCUCAGGCUUCAAAGGCAGCAACUUGGUAAGGAACUUCGGCAAAACUCCCAACGCGGCCGCCUGCAAAGCCUCGUGGGAUCGUUUGGGCACGUCGACGCCAGCAUCGGAGCUGACUGACGCCGAAGUCGUCCCAUUCAUCAGGACCCUGAAAGGUUGGGACGGUGAAUCGCGCCUGAAGCUUAACUGCGGAGCAGCGAGACCGAAGGCCAUUCAAGUCUUGGUGACUGGCAGUGUUUACCUCGUUGGCGAUGUGCUUUCCAGCUUCCUCUCGUGGUUUGGUCAGCUUGGCAGGCGGAAUAUCCCGCUUCCAGGACAAUCCGCUGCACCUGCUGGCGUCAUCACAGCGUCACAUCACACACGCACGCACACUCGCGUUGACAAUCGGUCGCCUAUCACAGCGCUUUCAACACAAACACGCCUUGUGCGCAAUUCGUGA